CGACGGCGGUGGCGUCCCAAGAUGGCGUCGCUGCUACCAGAGACGCUGUUCGAAGCCGGCGGACAAGGCCCGGCGCCGAGUAAAGACUACUACCAGCUGCAGAUCACCCGGUCCCAGGUCAGCUUUAGAUGGUGGAGGAUCUCCCUGCGAAAUGACCAUCGUUUGAACAGGCCUGGAGUAACUAAAGAGUGUUAUGAAGACUUCCUAGAUGAUGUGAAUCUUCAUGUUCAAAUCGCCUUAGUCUUUGGUUCCAAAAUCCUGCAGUAUGUCAUCAAUCUGUGUAAAGGUAAAUACGAUUUCCUCGAGCGGCUCUCCGACCCUCUGCUCCUGCGGAUCAUUUCUUACCUGGAUCUUGAAGACAUUGCUAGGCUGUCUCAAACAUCUCACAGAUUUCAAAAGCCAGUGGAGGCACCGCCAUCCUUGGACCCAAACCACACAGUCUCCAAUGUGCUAAUAGGAAAAAUGGAAAUGGUACUAAAGAGAACAAAGAUCGGCAAGGCAACUGAAUUGGACAGAGGGUAUAUAGGGGAGGGCUGUCUACGCAGUUAUGAGGGCAUUGAAAGGAAGGGAAGAUAAUAAUCAAAGGUGUGGAGAAAAUCCCGGGCCUAUUAAACAUUAGCUGAAAAAAAGGUAACCAAAAGCCUCAAUAACUACUAACCACCAAAGGCCCACUCUUCCAUCAACACAAGAUUUUUAUGAGAGUCAUCUUUACAAGCAGA